CCAGCCAACGGCGCCUGCAGGGACCGUCUGCCAAGAGUGUGGCGUGAGAGGCGGAGCCGCGCGGCUCCCGGGGCGGGGCGGCGGCGCCGGGUCAGCUGACCCGGAGGACUGAGCCCAGAAGCCGGGUCCCGCGGCGGAUCCCGAAGUGGAACCCUCACCGGCCUCGCCUCGGUGCACCAGCGUCCUCCCUCCCUCCUGCAAGAUCCCUCCGGGCCGGGACCCUCUCUCUGCAGCCAUGAUCCGGAGGAAACUGGGUGCUGGCAACUUCUCCAGCUGCCCCAAUGGCUCCGUCCUGUGGAUAUGGGACUUGUUUCAUGAGUGUGCCCAGGACGGCUGGGACGAGGCCAGCGUGGGUCUGGGCCUGAUCUCCAUUCUCUGCUUCACUGCAUCCACCUUCCCCCAGUACAUCAAGGCCUGCAAGACGGGCAACAUGGACCAGGCCCUGUCAGUGUGGUUCCUCCUGGGCUGGAUCGGUGGAGACUCCUGCAACCUCAUCGGUUCCUUCCUUGCUGACCAGCUGCCCCUGCAGACCUACACGGCUGUGUACUAUGUCCUGGCCGACCUGGUGAUGCUGACCCUCUACUUCCACUACAAGUUCAAGAAACGCCCCUCUCCGCUGCCUGGCUCCAUCAAUUCUGUGCUGUUGUUCAUCUUGGGGACCGUGUGUAUCACACCAUUGCUGAGCAGCGCUGGCCCUGUGACUGCCCCAAGGAAAGGCUUCCAGGGGCGGAUGCUUCUGUCCGUGGAACCGGGCAGUAAGCCCUUCACGAAUCAGGAGAUCAUCGGCUUCGUCAUCGGCUCCGUGUCCAGUGUGCUGUACCUGCUCUCUCGGCUGCCGCAGAUCCGCACCAAUUUUCUGCGCAAGUCGACCCAGGGAAUCUCCUACUCGCUGUUUGCGUUGGUGAUGAUGGGGAACACACUAUACGGGCUGAGCGUGCUGCUCAAAAACCCCGAGGUGGGCCAGAGCGAGGGCAGCUAUGUGCUGCAUCACCUGCCCUGGCUCGUGGGCAGCCUGGGUGUGCUGCUGCUUGAUACUAUUAUCUCCAUCCAGUUCCUGAUGUACAGGAAAGCCACCGAGGCUGCCCCUGCAGAGCGCGAGCCCCUCCUGCCCAGCUGACCGGCGCCAGGAUGAGCCCAGGAUGGCGGGGACCUCCAGAUACCAUCCCCAGCGGGAGAGGUGCGGGCAGCGACAGUGCUGCCACCCCAGACCUGGGGCUCCUCUCAGCUGUCCUCCCUCCCCAGUGCCUCUGAUCCCUCCUGGGGACUGACUCUUCCAGAAGCAAGACAGGCCCAGGACUGGCCCACCCAGCGAACACCUCCCAGGUCAAAGGCAGCUAGCUGCUCUAACCACGGAGACCCGGGGUUCAGCCACCCCUCUACCUAUCUACCUCACGCUGCCUGCGUACCCCCGGGGCCACGCUGUGGUGAAACAACCCAGGACUGUCCCAAGGACCUGAUGCGACCUAGAACAUGUACCUUCCAGCAAGGCCUGGCUCUGCAGCUGUCUCCUUGGGUGCUGGGGUCUGGGCUUUUCUGGGAAAUGGUGGUAGAUGGAGCCCUGGUGGGAGGUGAGGUGGGGGGGGGCGUGUUUGCCUGUACCCCGGCCCCGCCUCCCAGAGUCCCUGGUUCUCUCAUCUUCAUCUCUGUGCCCCUGUCACAUGCCGCAGAGUGAGAAUGAUGUCCCGCAGGGCUGCUCCUGCACCUGCAAGGGCGGGAGACGCACAGGAGUAGCAGGGUGUGGCGGGGCACAGGAGGAUGGGCACAGGAGGACGGCAGUUCAGCCCCACAGUGUGACAGUCUGGCGUGUGGUCAAGGCUCGGGUGGCUCUGCUUUUUUGGUUGGCAAUGAGGGAUAGCCAGCUCUCCCUGGAGGUCAGGUGCCUGCCUGCCUUUAGGAGGCGGAGUCCAGCCCAGCCUGUGUUUCCAGACCUGUCAUUCUGCCUCCUGUCUUGUUGAUGACACUAGGAACCUUGACUUCAGAGGAGCCAACUCCCUUUUGUGGGUCUCAUUCUGGCUCCACUCGCCCCCCCGCCCCCGAAGUCCAGAAACUACACUAGGCUCGGGCACCUGGGGCCACUUGGCAAACCGAGAAGUGUGCUUGGGACUGAGGCUUUGUGUUAGGACCCUGGAGGGACCGCAGCCUACGCUGGUGCUCUAGGGGUUUGGUGAGGUGCCCACCCCUACCCGCUGGGCUGUGCUGUGUGUCGGGCUGCAAUGAUUGAGCUCUACUUGCUGUGCUGAAGCUGAGAAGGCUGUGACCAGGCCGAGGUGACACGGGCUGAGACCUGGAGGUGGAGCCAGCUCCCGAAUGGGUAGACUCGACCUGCCCCAGAGGGCAGGAGGCCACCGGGGAUGGAGCCAUUCAGAAGGCUGCCUGCCAAAAGCCUUCCUGAAGGACAGCCAGGUCCUGGGGACAGGGCUCACGGCCCAGGCCAUGGGCAAGGUACUCUGGUUGGGGAAGUUCCUCUGGCUGGAGAUGAGGAGGUUGGCCCUGGGGUCUGAGGCUUGGGCCCAUUAUGCAGGCAGGGCCAGCCUCCCUGCCUCCUCUUCCUGGUGAGUCUGCCAAGCCCUGGCGGCCUGCUGCUGGGGUACCUUGCAGACUUGCUGGACCUGACUGGGCCUCAUCCCCAUGGCUCCCUCUGCUGGGUAGAGUUGUGAUGGUCAGGCUCAGGGGACCGGUGGCCAGCUAGGGGUGGCAAAGGUUUGGCACCCAUCCUCCAGCCUCUAGCUCUGCCUGGGCUGUAUAAAAAGGUGUCCCAGGCCCCGAUCACUGCCACUGAUGGCUGGUGCAUGUUUCAGGUGCCGCUUCUGGGGCUGGGAUCUGGCCUGAUGCCAAAGUCGGGGCCAGGUCGCACCCUUCCUGGCCUGAAGACCCUAGGGGUCUGUGUGGCAGCAAGAGCCUCAAGUGCAGGGCUGAACUGAAGCUGGGUGGGAGGAGAAUGAAAUGACACAGCCCCUGUCCCGAGAAGCCCUGGCAGGUGAGGGUGACAGCAUUUCUGCCUGCAGGAAUCAGCCAGACCUCGCCCAGCUCACAGAGCGCUAAGGUUCCCUGCUCAGUAGGGCCUGGACUGAUGGAGACGUGGCCCUUGACCCUUCGAGUCCCUGUUCCCUGGAGGCCCCUGUUCUUGGGGAAUGCCCAGUCUGUGUGGCCUCUCCAGUCCUUGGGUCCUCAGCCUUUGCAGGCCCACAGGGGAGUGAGUCAUAGUGACGAGGCUGGAGGAACCUGGUGCCCCGUCCCAGGGUGACUUGUUCAUACCCUGGCUCUAACCUUUGCUCAGGGGAGACCUGGUGACAUGCUCAGUGGACAGGGGUGGGGUUGUAUGGGGAACAGACUUCUGGGUCCCACACGCUGCAUUCCAAGCAUGUGCAUCCUCUGGUGAGCCCUGAGACCUGGGUGCCUGUCCCCAGCCUCGGUUCCUUCACUCCACGGGAUCACCAGUCAUGUUAGCCUCAGGGUACGGUUUUGACGAUGAAAUGAAGUGCAUGGGUGGCUCCUGGCCUGCACCUGCUCCUGGGAUGGACAGGUGGAUACAUGAUGGCUCUGUUAGCUUAUUCAGCCCAAGGGGGUGGGCCAGUCCCUCCAAAUGUCCCUACUGUGGCAGGCUACAUUUUCUGAAUGAGGUGCCACAUACGAAUGCCUCCUGGUGUCUGGCCCAACACCCCACAGACACACGGCUUCUUUGCCUCCCCUGGGCCCAGGGCCAGCUGGCUGAUGGCUGGGCACGUUCCGCAGUGAGCAGAAGAGAGGGGCCCAGAGGCCUAGUCCUCUACACUGGAGCCCAGGCCCCAGCGGUUAUUUCUUACACCUGGGAUGUUCUGAGAUGACAGGGUCUUUCGAUCUCCCCUUCUGCACAAGUGAAAUCUUCAGCUCACCCCUUUCCAUCCCUUUCCCAUCUGCCUCGGCUCUCAUCGUAGCCCAGUGGCUACCAGGCUUCAGCUAGGCUCUGAACGAUAUUGAAAUAGCGUUAACUGAUAGUGUGUGGUUGGGAUUACUUUGGCCUGUGGGUUAAUCCAGCUGAUGGCUACUGAUGGAGUCCCCUAGCACCACGACAGCUCUGAGAACAGUCGUUUCCGUUGUGUCCCCUUCCUCAGCCCCAUUAUUGUGGGGCUGGGGCAUUAUUGUGUCCCAUUAUUGUGGACAGAGAGUGCAUCCGGGUCACCAGGUGUUCCCAGUACAGAGUAGGUGCUCACACUGUCCCUCGGGGGCUCUUGUCCCAGUGCUAGCUACUUGGGGUCAGGCAGUGCCCUUCCUGACCUGAAGACCUGGGAGCUCCUUGUGCAGCAUGAACCCCAAGUGCAGGUCUGAAUUGGAGUCAAACUGGAGUGCAGGUGACAGGGACGUCACCAAGCACCGAACUACUGAGCUGUGCAUGAUGUGAAUAUGCUCAAUAAACUUUUUGAAAAACAA